AUCCGUGUUUUGAGCCGGAUCAGGUUAUCGUGUGGUAAGACUGCCUCCUGGGAACUCUUGCCUCUUCUCCAUUUUCUGAAAUCAGGGGGCCCGAUAUUUGUAUUGUUGUGGUACCGAACAGUCAUUCGCUUUCAACUAAAUCAGACGUUCACUUAUAAAUAAAUUAAGAUGCCAAACAUUAAACUUCAAAGUUCAGACGGUGAGGUCUUUGAUGUCGAUGUGGAAAUUGCAAAAUGCUCCGUCACCAUCAAAACCAUGUUGGAAGACUUAGGAAUGGACGAAGACGAAGAGGAGGUGGUCCCUCUACCAAAUGUAAAUUCAGCGAUUCUCAAAAAAGUCAUACAGUGGGCCACAUACCACAAAGACGACCCACCACCCCCUGAAGACGAUGAGAACAAGGAGAAGAGAACAGACGAUAUCUCCUCAUGGGAUGCUGAUUUCCUCAAAGUGGACCAGGGAACUCUUUUCGAACUAAUCCUUGCUGCAAACUACCUCGAUAUUAAGGGCCUUUUGGAUGUAACAUGCAAAACAGUUGCAAAUAUGAUUAAAGGCAAAACUCCUGAAGAGAUUCGCAAGACUUUCAACAUCAAAAAUGAUUUCUCAGCUGCUGAAGAAGAGCAAGUUCGAAAAGAGAACGAGUGGUGUGAGGAGAAAUAAUUGUUGAAUGUUACUUAUCAAUAUUAAAAUAUAAAAUAAUAUAAAAAGACACAAUAAUUAA